CUGUUGAAAAUGUCUGUGUAAUGUAGAUAAAUGUGAGGGAUUUUCUCUCUAAAUCCGUCUCCUGUUCGCUAAAUCUCACUUCUCCAAAACGAGCCUGCGCAAUGGAACAAAGUGGGAAUAUUGAGAUGUGACAUUGCCCCGCAUCUUGUCCUCUUUCUUUGCCCCGAUUUCUUUUUUUAAUGACUUCAAACAAGUUGUUCAUUUUCGCCGGGCUUCUUUGUCUUUUUGCGGAGAUCCGCGGUGAUGUCUAGCGCUGCUUCCUCUCGGUGGCAUUUAUGUGAUGUCCUCAAGGGUGCGAUGUGCUGUAUCUCCUGUAGCCACACCCUCUCACUACUGCUGUGCAUCCUCACCCUGACUCCGACGGCAACAGGGGCGGGUCCGGAGACCCUGUGCGGGGCGGAGCUGGUCGACACGCUGCAGUUUGUCUGUGGAGAGAGGGGCUUUUAUUUCAAUAAACCAACAGGCUACGGGCCCAGCACAAGGCGGUCGCAUGGCAUCGUGGACGAGUGCUGCUUCCAAAGCUGUGAGCUGCGGCGCCUGGAGAUGUACUGCGCACCCGCCAGGACUAGCAAGACAUCUCGUUCUCCUCGCGCACAGCGCCACACAGAUGUGCCAAGGACACCCAAGGUCAGCAACCCGGGACAUCGAGCGGACAAGGGCACAGAGCGCAGGACGGCGCAGCAGCCAGACAAGACAAAAAACAAGAAGAGACCUUCAUCUGGACAUAGUCAACCAUCCUUCAAGGAAGUCCAUCCGAAAAACUCAAGUCGAGGCAGCUCUGGGGGCAGAACUUACCGAAUGUAGGGAAGCAUCGAAUGGACAACACCUUAGGAAGAGAGAAGGGAGUAGCCUUACCUGGUACCCCUGUGGAAUGGUUCACUGUAUAACAUAACAAAACGAAGCUAAAAAUGGCCUAAAAGCUUUAAAACAGUAGAAAAGUUGAGUUAAAGGGUUGGAUGAGGGUACUUGUGAUCAUCUUAAACACUGCACCAUUCCAUAUCGGGAGGAAAUCUUUGUUAACUCAAUCUAACAGACUAGUUUAGCUGCUAAGACACAAUAAGAGCUUGCUAUACCUCCAUGUUUAAACGGCAACAACCACCUUCCUUGGCUCCAGAGGAGGUGGGAACGUCACCCAAACAGGAAUAGUUGGUCACAUCCUUUUCACUCUUCUGAUUACUUCUUUGUCACAGCCACAUAUAGCAGUUACUAUCCCUGUUUAAAUUCAAUUUUACCUUUAGCGUUUGUUUUUAUGCACUAUGCAUUACUGUGGAUAUGUUGUUUAUCUGAAAGACCAACACCAUGUUGUUUAUUGUCGAACUUUUAAACGUUGCUGAUGUUAAUUUCCUUUCCAAGCCCCACUUAAACCAUAAUUUGUAGGUUUUAGUUAGUUUGUUUUUUUUAAAUCAGCUUUUCAAUUAACCCAGGAUUUCUGACUUCUCAUCUUGUCGUGGUUGUUUAAUAAACAGAAAUGGGUCAGUCAGUGGAUUCAAAGUUCAGCUGGCAUAAAUGAGAGCGCUAAUCAAAUAGUCAAAUCAGCCAUUAUGUUUGCUUUCUGUUAGCUUUUCACAGGUCACCAGUUUUCCCAGAUCUGAUUGCGAAAACUCCAGCUACCUGGAGACAAACAUUUUGUACAAAUCAUGAAUGAUCCGUUUUUUGAAAGUAACUUCUUAGGAUAAGGCAAAGAAAAUUGAGCCAAGGCCAAAGAUUAAAGCAAAAAACUAAAAUAUUGGAACUAUAUUGGAAAAUUAACCGUACUGCUAUUUUUAAAAAUAAUAAUUUUUAUUGGACUUUUAUAUUAUAAAUCACAACAAAGUUGUGAAAUGGGAGAAUCCUGCAGGUCUGUCAGGAUAUGUCCCUUCCUGCUUUGCACAUCUUCAGACUGACAGUUACAUCAAUUUUACAAUGUUGCCAUUAUUAUGGGUUGUUUUUUUUUUUAUUUUGAACUUUGACUAGACCAUUCCAAUACCUGAAUACGCCAUUCCAAAGUAGCUCCUCCUCUACUAGUUUACCUGUAAAUAGGCCUGUCGCAAUAACAAAUUUUUCUGGACAGUAAAUUGCCCACAAAAGUUAUUGCAAUAAUCGAUAAUAUUGUUGUUUUGAGAGGUAGGCCGUUCAGACCGUUUUCAACUAAUAUUAGAACUAAUUUUCAAAAAUCAAUGAAGGAAAAAACUGAAAUAACAAAUAAAAUCAGUAAUAAAGUCUCUAUUAACAAAACUAUCCUUCUAAAAAAGCUGUUAGUUGAGACCAAAGUGAAGACUUGUGUCAUCCAGUUUUUGAAAAACUAUAAAUAAUCCUGGAAAUGAUUAUUUUAAUUUUCCAUUUGUUUAAAUUUAUCAUGCGAAUAAUCGAUUUAUUGCUUACUGCGACACUAAUCUUCCGUUUGACACUGAUUGGUUCCCUGGUCCUGCAAAUUAAAAGCAUGUGCACAAGAAAAAUAAGAAAAAUCCCAAAUUUUGUCUCUUCUUACUUACUCACUUUCUUCUACAUGUUUGCUUCAUUCCUUGUGUGGCUUUUGGCAAACUUAAACAGGACUUCUUUCAGAAAUCUCAGUUUCUCUGUGCAACUUUUCCACAAAACAAAUAUUUGUAAAGAGCACGACUAACAGUGACCCUAUCAACAGAUUCUCUGCAGCUCCUCCAGAGGCAUUUCAGAAACUGAAUACAUGUGCACACCACAACUUUCACAUUUUGGUUUGGAAACAUUUAGGAAAAACAUAAUUUUCCCAUUUCUCAAUUCUACUAGUUAAAAUUCCAGUAAAAUGAGAUUUAGCAAAGUUUAGCCUAAUUAUCACUCUGAUGUCUUAUUUAGCAGAGGACAAAAAAUUCCCAAUAUUAGUUUUGGCUUGGAUUGUAUAAUUUGAUGCAAUGACAACCAAACAGCACAGCAUCCGUUUCAAAGUCCACUGGGAAGUCAUGCAAAAUAAACUGGUAAACAUUACCAACCAACGUCUGACAGGGGAGAUGCAGAAUUGCAACAGUACGCAAUUACACUUAUAAAUAAUCCAAAUAUGACCAAGGGUCAGGAUCACCUUCACAAAUUUCACAAACAUGCCAGUUCUGAGAAGCCACUGCAUGAUAAUUGACAGGAACCAAGUUUUUUUUUUUUGUUUUGUCUGAGCCUCCCUGAAAACGCCCCAAAUAUGGCUCAUAUCUGGCUCUGUCUCCUCUCUCUGUGUAUAAUCAAACUGUACUCCCAAUAUGUUAACCUAUGUAUUACUAUCACUCAUUGUACAUGAUGGUUUCAUAUAGCAAAACUGUAUUAAAAAUCCUAUCCACUGUAUAAUGGUGCUAUUUUAUAGUUUGGUACUUGCAAAGAGAUGGCUAAGACAGACGAAUGGCAGGGCUUACAUUGGAGGUCUUCCCUUUUGCACAGCCUUGUGGCCACCAUGUUAAUAGUGAUUUUAUUUGUAAGCAGUUUCAAUAGUGGAAGCAAGUAAAUGUAUCUGUGUGAUCUCUGUGAAAGCAUGGAGAGUAAAAUGAGAAAAAAGGAAAGAAAAAAAAAAAAAGGAAGGAAAAUGAGUAUACAAUGUUGUGGCCCCAAGAAGGCAAAAUGCUAUUUUUUCUACUAUUCUUAAAUUAUUUUCUCAACAUAAAUCCCUUUUGCCAAAUGUCUUGAGAAAAAUACUGUGAUUCUUCCAGUUGUGUUUAAGCUUGUUAAAGGUCAUGGUGUGCUUUUGUCUGUCCAGUGUGUGUGCGUGUGUGUGCAUAUGCCUCCCUGGAAGCCAAAGUAUCUAAUAUUAGGAGAACUCAAAGUGGGAUUAUGCAACUUUUGCUUGACAUCCUCUAUUGUUGGUAGAAAGUAAUUGCAUUUUGUUCAUUAUUAUAAUUUUGCCUGUGAUACUUUACUUUUUUUAUAGUUUGCAUGAUCAUAUUUAAGUAGUUUGGGUAAACUUCUUAAAAAUUAUUUUCCUUACAAAAUUUACUUCAACUUAACGUGAUUUCGCUGUCCUGAAAAUCAAUCUUUAUUAGGAGGUUAUACAUUUUAUUUUAUAAUAAAAUCCAGAACUUGUACCUGUGAAUGGAUUAGCACCUAAACAUGCUCUGAUUGCAAGAAAACCUAGAACUGGUUGCUCAGCAACAAAGAUAACUAAUAUUAGCUUUAAAAAAAAAAAAAGAAAAAUAUGUUAACUUAGGCUACCUUCACACUGCAGCCUAAAGUGACCCAAUUACGAUUUUUUUUUUUUUGUCAAAUCGUAUUUUUCGGCGUGGUUGUUCACUCUUCCAAAUACAUGCGACUUGUAUGUGCUCUCUAGCGCCAUGGUUGUUGUUUUUCUUCCCGCUUGCACGUAUCAGGACCCAGAAUAGUGACGUUUGCCGAGUAUCAAUUACGUUCAGGUAGGCCGUUCAGAUUCUGAUCACAUUUGUAAAGAGUGGAUGUAUAUCGGAUAUCUAAGUGGCUCAUGAGACGAUCAGAUACAGGUCGCGUUAAGGCAAAAGAAAAAAAAAUCGGAUUUGGGUCACUUCUGGCGGCAGUGUUAACCUAGAAUAAAACGUCAGCUGCUUGUUGUAAAUCCAAGUCUGACUUUUAUUAGUGGCAGCCAUAUCAGAUAGAUUGAAGUUGGAGAUGUAACCUCUGACUUCCAGUUAGAUUUCAGAGUGUUCUUUAUAUAUAUGUAAAUAAUUAUUAUUAUUGUUUGUCCCUUUAUUAUUUUGCAUAUUAACAUGGCUAGUCAAGAGUUGUGAAAAAAUUCCACCAAACCACUUAAUCAAAUAAUUCAGCAAUGCUUACGAAGUUUGGCAAAAAGCUGAGAAAUAAAUUUGUUUUAGGGGUUUUUCUUUCGCUAAACAUAACACAGGAUCAGUCAAAGGUUUAUAUUUCAGCUGUUAGCUCAUGUUAGCCUAAAACAUAUUGCGAAAACGGUUAGCAUAAUGUUGUUUUCCCAAAGCAGACCCCAAAUUUUUAGAAAAUCAAUCAUCAAUUCUCAUGGACAUUGAUCUAAAGGGAACCGAAACUGUUGGGAACAUUUGCUUAGUUAUAUUUUUUCGUCAUCUCUAGAACCAAUACACUUUCAUAUCUGUUAGCAUUAGCUAAAUUUAGCCAAAAGCAUGCUAGAAAGUCUCAGUGUAGUGUAGUUUUGUUUGUUCUUAGAAGCCUCAAAGAUCCUAAGCUAAUAAAAAAACUGCAACAUCCUAAAUAAUUUGAUGAGCCUAACAUCUUUAUGAUAUUCUGUUAACCAGCUAUUUCCUUCUUUGACGUCUAUGCUAUGCUAACAGAGCUAAGCUACAUAAGCUAACCAGCCACUGCGACUUCUUCUAUAAACAGUCAAGCACAUUCAUGAAAAUACUUUAGACUUCUUGUUUACUUUAACAUUUAUUUUGCAAAAUAAAGCAUGAAACUUUCACAUUUAUGAGUAGAUACAAGCUUAAUUAAUGUUAUUUUACAUAAAUUGUAACAACUGUAUGUACAAAUAAAGGGGUUAAAUUGCUAAAAUAGCUAAACAGAGGAGCCUUGGUACUAGCAAAUGGCACAGAUAAUUUAGACAUUUCCACAGAAAAAUUCAUUUUUCAAUACUGAACUGCAUAAUUGGUACUGUAAUUUAGAGAAUUAGGCUGCUUGUAUAAUUUUGGUAAAACAUUAUGAUUCCCUCUAUUUUCAAAAUGUAAAAAAAAUAGUAUUUUAACACCAGGUCAAAAUGCUAGUUGAGAUUUUUACGCAUGCACAAAUCAACAUUUGCAUUUUUAUUACCAUUUAACAAAAGUUGCAUGGUCCCACUUUCAAAGUCAGAUAAGGUUUUAAAUAAUUUAUUGAGGAAAAAAUUGACUUAAUCUUAGAAGUUCAGGAGCACUCAAUCACUCAAAAUCAAAAAUUGCUUGCAUCCAAUUAACUGGCAUAGUCGAUACUCUUGAGCGUCAAAAAAUAACAUUAAAGUGUGUGAAACGUUUGCAACGGUUUUUAAUGUUCUUUUUAAAAUAGGAAUUUUUGCCCAGAUGAGUAGGGUGAAGUAAAAGCUACAGUAGAUGGAGAAAAUAUGUUCUUCCUUUAGAUAUACAGUACAUACCAAAGACUUUUUAAAUAAAUUAUAACUCAUGAAAAUAUAACUAUAGCAUGAUUCACUUGUUAUCUCGACUCCACUGCAGUUUAAUGCUUAAGUAUCUGAAAUAUGGCUAGUGUUGUAAAAAGUGAAAGUGCGAAUGAACCAGACAGAAAUCUCUUUGUGUAUAUUGCAUAUUUUAAGGAGCAAACCACAGAAACGACUUCAAAUCAUCUGCUUAUGAAUCACUCGAACAUUUCAGUCUGUCAAUUGUGUGAAAUAAUCAAAAAAGACUUGAGCAUGGGAGGACGUGUGUGAGUCAUUCAUGACUCCCUGAAGUGUUUAAUGAGUAAAUGUAUUUUCCUGAAGCUCACUGUCCAAGAAACUGUUUAAUUACAGCCCUGUUAUUUAUGGUGCUUGAUUGCCUUCUGUAGGAAAAAAUACUGACAAACUGUUCACCAUUCCUGCUGAAUAAACCACUUGUCAACGUCA